UCGCGGGUCUCCCUUCGAACCCGACUCGUUCGUUGGUCAGUCGUUGCUGCUGCUUUCCGCAAUCGCGGUCUCGAAUGGCGUGCUCCGGACACCGCCGCCUCUAGCCCGGAGCCGCCGAUGAAGCGGCCGGCGCGCCGCCUCUGCAGCGUCCUGCUGCUCGCGCUCUUCGCCGUCACCCUCGCGUUCCGGGCCGUGCUCCGGCGUGGCUUCAUCGGUUCCUUCGAGCUCGAGCAGUAUGGGCUCGCCCGGCGGCAGGUGCCGGUCUUCAACUCCUCCGUGCUCAGGUACGCGGAGAUCGACGGCGCCGAAGAGAAGUUCAGGAGGGAGACCCAGCAGCUGUUGGAAGGGAAGUUCGUCGGUCACCCGCAGUUCAGGAGGUUCGCCACUCGGAGGAGGUUCGCCAACUACGAGCCCAACGGGAAGAUUAACAUGGUUAUCCAGGUAUCGCUAGCGCCGAGGUAUCAGAGGUAUGUGCAGGAUUUUAGGAGGAAUUUGCAGGAUUGGUUGAGGCAUAAGCGGUUCGAGCCUGAUGUAAUGAAUGAUUUGAUUAGACUAGUGAAGCAUCCGCUCGAUAGGCACGGUGGUUUGGUGGUCUCGGAUAGGAGGUAUGCGUCUUGUGCUGUCGUUGGGAAUAGUGGGAUUUUGCUGCAGAGCGAGCGUGGGGAGUUGAUUGAUAGCCACGAGAUGGUGAUUAGGCUGAACAAUGCAAAAAUCAAGGGCUUCGAGCGCAAUGUUGGGUCUAAGACCACCAUUUCAUUUAUAAAUAGCAACAUUUUGCAUCUUUGUGCGCGGAGGGAACGGUGUCUUUGCCACCCCUACGGAGUGGAUGUUCCGAUCGUCAUGUAUAUUUGCCAACCUGUGCAUUUGCUCGAUUACACGAUGUGUAACUCGUCUCACAAAGCACCUUUGCUCGUCACUGAUCCGAGCUUUGACAUGUUGUGUGCACGGAUCGUUAAGUACUAUUCGGUGCGGCGGUUUGCGGAGGAGACAGGGAAACCUCUGGAAGCUUGGGAUGCUGCACAUGAUAAGGUGUAUUUCCACUACUCUUCGGGGAUGCAAGCCAUAAUGCUGGCUUUAGGAAUUUGCAACAGAGUUAGCAUUUUCGGCUUCGGGAAAUCGGAGUCGGCCAAGCAUCAUUACUAUACCAAUCAAAAGGGCGAGCUGACUUUGCACGAUUACCGAGCGGAGUACGAUCUCUAUCACGAUUUGGUUGAGAGGCCUCAAGCAAUACCAUUUAUUUCAGAUAAGUUCAAAUUUCCUCCCGUGACUAUCUAUCAGUGAAAUUGCACCGGUUGGCUUGUAUUUGUUUUCAGUUGUUGGUCUUUGAGGAAUUAGUUCGCUAUUUCAGUGUGUCAAGAUUGAAAUAACAUGCUUAUGUUGUAACUGUAAUCUUCCUCGGGAUAUUCAUAGAAUUGAAUGUCAGAGUAUGCAAAAUACAAGAUUGUU